AUGAACGAGUACUCCAAGUGCAUCACGAUUACUCAGACCGCUGCGAUCAUGUCGAACACCGCCGGGGCCCCCGUUCACUGUUCCAGGGAGGAACAUGGCCUCAGGCUUCAUCACAUGCAGCAGAACAUCGAGACCCGUACAUCGCUCCAGUUCACUGUGGUGUGCCUCUUACCGUCCCCCAAGGUCCCUGAGCUCGAUAACUAUCACCAGCAACAGGGUCAAGCCGAACAUCAUAGUAUCCGACCACAAAGAACUUCAACCGCGUGA